UGUGUGUGCAUGUCUGAACUUUCCCAUUCUUCUGAUCGCUCAACUUUGUCUGAUGACUCUCCAGUGGACGGCUGUGGCUUUCUUCCUCUAUGGAGAGAUAGCAGUGAACCUCAUCUUGUGUAUCCCCUUCAUAUCAGCACAGAGAUGGCGUUUGGUUUUCAGCUGGAGAAUAUGGAACUGGUUAUCACCAUACUGGAACAAAUGCUUCUUUACUAUGAUCAUGGUUCUCAUUGUUCUUUUCCUUGAUGCUGUCCGCGAGGUGCAGAAAUAUUCUGGUCCUGAGCCCAUGCAAGAUGCCAAGGUGAACCCCAAUUUGUAUGACCACGUCCACAUGAAGCUGUUCAGAGCCCAGAGGAACCUCUACAUAUCUGGCUUCUCUCUCUUCCUCUGGCUUGUCAUGCGUCGGGUUGUCACCUUGCUAAACCAGGUGGCUGUCACAUUUGAGAACAGUGCGGGCCUUCAGGCACAGAUGGACAGUGCGGUCAAAGCAGCCGAGCAACACCAGCAAGACAACCUGAGGCUCAGACAAGCUCUCCUGGAUGAUGAAAAAUCCAUGUCAGCAAAAAACCAGCAACUGAAGCUAGAGGUUGAGAAGCUGACCGGUCAACUGAAGGCUGCAGAGGAGGCUGUGCGCAGGUGUCAUGCUGAAGUGGAAGCCAUGAAGAGGCAGGCAGAAGGUCUGGCACAAGAGUAUGACAGACUAUUGAGGGAACACCAUCAACUCCAGAAUCUCCAGAGUCCUGAAGACAAAAAGGAUCAGUAACGACAAGAAUACAAUGACACAGGUGUUGACUUCUCAAUCUAUGGAUGCUUUUUCUUUGCAUGACACUAGAGCUGUGUGCUCCAGGCAUUAGAACAUCAGAAGCCAUAUUUGUAUUAUCUUUUACUACUUUCAGUUUUCUUUAAGUCUGAACUAAGGCACAUGGGAUUGGAUUAA